AUGAAGCCUCUUCAAGCUUUGGCCACUGUUAUACACGUGGUAUCCUUUUCGUCUCUCUCCCUCUGCCUACCACAUGCUCAUGAUGCCUUUCCACCUUUACUCGAUGCCACACUCGCCGAUUUGCGCUCCGGCUUGGACACAAAUCUCUUCACCAGCGUGGAUCUAGUAAGGGCCUACAUUGAUAGAAUCCAAGAGGUCAAUCCGAUGCUCAAAGCCGUCACUGAGAUCAACCCUGAUGCAGUGUCCAUAGCCGCAGAGCGCGAUGCCGAGAGAAGAGCUGGCAUUGAUCGUGCCAAGCUUCCUCUCCAUGGCAUACCGGUGAUUCUCAAGGACAACAUUGCCACAUUCGAUAAGAUGAACAACUCUGCUGGCUCCUACGCCUUGCUGGGCGCCAAAGUUCCCGAAGACAGCACCAUUGCGUCCAAACUGCGCAAAGCCGGGGCCAUCAUUCUCGGCAAAUCCAACUUAUCGCAGUGGGCAGCAUCCAGAGAACACAUCAACCACGAAGGCUGGUCGGCAUAUGGCGGCCAAGCACUCGGCGCAUAUUUUCCGAAUCAAGAUCCUCGAGGCUCGUCGUCUGGAAGUGCCAUUUCGUCCUCGAUUGGCCUCUCAUGGGGGGCCGUUGGCACAGACACCAGCGGAUCGAUCCUCGCACCGGCGCAUGCAAACAAUGUCGUGGGAUUUCGGCCUACGGUCGGACUGACUUCGAGGCACUUGGUGAUUCCGUUUUCAUCGAGGCAAGACACUGUCGGAACUCUGACCAGAACGGUCAAGGAUGCCGCGUACCUGAUGCAGGCCAUGGCGGGACCUGAUGAGCACGACAACUACACCAGCGCGAUCCCGUUUGACGAGAUGCCCGAUUAUGUUGCCGCGUGUAAGGACUCGGGCCUCAGGGGCAAGCGAAUCGGCGUGUCCCGGAAUAUCCUCGCCACUGGUUUCGAUCCGGCAUACGACAGCGAUCCAGCAGCCUUUGAGAGAGCGCUGGACGUGAUGCGCUCGGCUGGUGCCCAGGUUGUGGACAACAUCGACAUGAUCUGCUCUACCGUGUAUCAGACAUUGACCAAUGCGUCUGCUCCUCAGAAACCGGCCUUUGCCCCCGUUGGCGCAGAUCUCUUGUCCGACCUCCCGCAAAAGUAUCUCAGCUUGCUUACGCACAAUCCCAACAACAUCACGUCGCUGGAGGAUCUUCGCGACUUCACCAGACGAGACCGCCGCGAGAACUAUCCCGGCUUCAGCACCGGCGCCUGGGACGACUUCCUGUACGUUGGCAUCAACAACACGGACCCGACAUACUGGCCCAACGUCACUCUGGAGCGAUACUUCUUCGCCAACGACUGCGUCGCGGGAGCAAUUGAAACGCACCGCCUGGACGCCAUGGUCAUGCCCACGCCCUAUGCGAGCUCGCCGGCCAGCGCAGUCGGCUUGCCCGUCAUCUCCGUGCCUCUGGGCCGCAGCCCGGACGGGGCUCCUACAACAAUGUCUGACUGGGGAAAUCUUGCGCUGUCGGCGCCCAAUGGCCCGUUUGGAAUCUCCUUUUCGGGGCUGGCCUUUAGCGAGGAGAAGCUUUUUGCAAUGGCGUAUGCGUUUGAGCAGAGGACGAAUGUGCGCGGGACGAUUCGUCCGCUUGUUGUGCCGAAGACGGAGCUGGUGGAUGUUGUGCGCAGGCGAUGUGUUGCGUUUCCGAUAUCUGCAGGGUGUUUGCUUUAG